AUGAUUGUCUACAUUCACACUGUUUCGAAACAUCGAGAUAUCGCGAGAGUACAAAUGCCGCUAUGUCUCACCUCCAUCGACUUGAAGAAGGCCUUCGGCUCAGUUGAGACGGAAGCGGUAUUGGAUGCCUUGCACAAACAAGGUAUCCCUACCACUCAGUACAUAAAAGUACUUCGAGAGUUGUACAGUAAAUUCGCGACAAGAAUUUCGCCAUUCUAUAAGAAUAUCAUCAUUGACGUGAAGAGGGAAGUCCGACAGGGUGAUACAUUCUCACCCAAAAUAUUCACGGCCACCCUCGAGAACGAAAUGCGAAAGCUGGAAUGGGACUACAUGGAAGUGAAGGUUGGCGGUCGGAAGCUACACCACUGGCGCUUUGCUGAUGACAUUGUACUGAUAACAACUAACACCAGUCAAGUGGGACGAAUGCUGACCGAGUUCGACGAAACACGUAGAUGUAUCGGUCUUCAGCUGAACCUGCGAAAGACGAUGAGGAAGCGAGCGGAGUGGGAAGCGCUUAAGGGCAUCGAGGAUGUAGUGAAGAAGAUCAAGAACUCCCGGCUUCGUGCUUACUUCUUCAACGCCACAGUACUUCCUGCUUUGACCUAUGCUUCGGAAACCUGGGCAUUUCGCAAGCAGGAAGAAAACGCGGUGAGCGUCACUGAACGCCGCUUCACGAAAGUGAGGGAUUCAAAGCUCCGUCCGACGUUAGCGAUCGAGGAUCAGAGACGCCGUCGCAUUUGCCAAGUACAGCAAAAUAAGGCGAUAUUAAGAGCACUACAGGAAGACCGCCUAUUCGAUGGUCAAACUUCUUCACGAAAUCCUUCAAAGAAAAGUAUGAUGCUCUUCGUGUCCUACGCAAAAGGAGGAACCACAUUUCGACUCUGUGGACCCGUACCCAACCCAUUCCACAGAAUUUUGACUUUGUGA